UUUACUUUUUGUAAUAUGAGCAUAAAAGACUAAUAAUAACAAAUUUGGUUUAUAUCAUCAUGAAGGUUGGACUAGGACUUCCUGAUCUUGAUGCAUGGUACAUGAUUGAAACAAUAGCUGAGAAGAACAACAUUGGAUACACACAAUUUAUAAAGCUGAGGGGGUUAUUGUCGCAUGUUCAACAACUACAAAUUGGUUACUGGGGAAUCAGUUCUUUCAAGGCCCAAUCCAUGUCUCAUGGAUUAGCAUCUCCACGUUCAAAAGAUGCUGCAGUUGAGAGUCAGCAACCUGCCGAGGCCUCCGGUGUUGGGAGGAGUUGGGUUCAGAGCAUGUUCAGCAGGGAUAAUUCAACCAGAUUAAACUCUUUCAGUCGUGUUCGCAAAUGGACUUCUGAUGGUGGCUCUCCAGGUAUUUCAGUUGCUAAAAUUAGUUGCUUGCAUUUUAUGUUUUUUCGAUACAUCACCAUAAUUUCUUGUCAUGAAGCUACAAAUGAAAAUGGGACAUCUCGUAAGCGAGAAUUAUCUGCAGCUGGACAGAAGAAAACCCAAACCAAUGUUCGAGUACUUAGAGGCCAUACUGGCCCUAUCACUGCUCUACAUUGUGUAACAAGGAGGGAAGUUUGGGAUCUAGUGGGUGACCGUGAAGACGCAGGUUUCUUCAUCAGUGGGAGCACAGACUGCACGGUUAAGAUCUGGGAUCCUAGUUUACCCGUUGAUUAUGACUUAUGCUAUUGAAUAUAUUCAUAGUGGGCAGCGAAGACUCAGAAAGUAUACACCCAAGAGGAACUUGACGAGGUCCGCAUUGAAGUAGCUGACUAUUUGCAGACUUUGCUAUAGACACUACUAGAAAAAACGG